GACUAUAGUACUUUUCUUAUUCCUUUUGAUCUUUUUGGAGGAGGGUGGGUAACAGGGAGAAUAAUAAAUAAUUGAAUGAGCAGAAAUUAAUUUGGGGAAAAAAUAGGGAGAUGAUCUCCUAUGGUAAUUCUAAUCCUUUACUGAGAAUAAGACUUUCUAUAAGAAUUUCUCUCAAGGGAAGUGUGACACUGUACUUGUUUGUCCUCUUACCCAUUCUUUUUGGUGAUUUAGAACUAAUUUCUGUUUAAGAAUCAAUUGAUGUCAACUUUCCCCACUGAUACCCCAUAUGUGAACCAGUUGCAGAACUGCUUCCCGGGUCAUCUUCCAGUUCUGUAGAAUCCACACAUUAUGCCACAGCAACAGGGAAUGUGGUGGGAGGGACAGGAGAAAUGGGAAAAGAGUGAGAAAGGAUCUCUGUCUUGGGGGGGGAAUGGGGUAAUGUGGAGAAGGGAGAGGAGACCCCAAAGACUAUGCUGUCGGGGUUUAGGGGAAUCUACGAUCUCUACUGGAGCCAAGUUUCAUUUCAAAGUCAGUCCUCUGUUUCCCUCCUCCCCUCCAGGCAAAAUGAAGCUGACCCUGGUGCAGAUCUUUUUCAUAAUGUUGCUGCUCCUGCUGGGCCUGGGGGUAGGCCUGGGGUUGGGACUUCAGAUGGCCGCAGCAGUCCUGGAGGAAAGUGAUCAGCUACUGAAUGAGUUUCAGUCCAGUGACUCACAUGACAAGGCUGAAGCCACUAGGGAGGGAGCGGGCACCCUUCGAAGCAUAGAAACCCUUAGCAACAAAGAAGUGGUGCAACUGGAAGAGACCAUCGUCAGUGAAGAUGAAGUUGGAGGAAACAAGAUGCUCAGAGCUGAGGCUCUCUUUCAGAGCAAAAAAGACUAUCUGAGGUCUGACCUGAUGGACAGGGAAUGCAAUGCCCUGAUGGCACAGAAGAUGAAGCCGCACAACCACACAUGCAUACCCCGGUACAUAUUCAUCCAUGAGGAACUAGAGGCAGUCAAAGCUGUCUGUAAGAGUCCUGUUGUUGCCUGUGACCUCAAGGGAGGCAAGUGUCACAAAAGCUCCCGUCCUUUUGAUUUGACAAUCUGCAAGUUAUCCAAACCAGGCCAAGUCACUCCUCACUGUACUUACAUAACUUUCAUUCUUGAAAAGUACAUUUUUAUAUCCUGUAGUGACAUGAAAGUCCAGGUAGCAUCUGGACCAUGAAGUAAGUUCUCUUCUGCACCUUCUCAUCUUUGUCUUCCUUUCCACUUCCUCUUUUUCAUGCUGUUUUCGUCCUUAGGUAUUCUGCAAAAAAGGUUCUGGGAAGAGAGGCUGGCCUAUUCUUUAUCCUAUUUGAAAAUAUAAAUCUUCUUUGCCCUAGGGGUUCACCCAACCUGCAUUUUUUUCCUGGGAUUAGAGGUGGUAGAAUAGGGUGAGGAUGUCCAAUCUCUGUAGGUUCUCUGUCUCUUAGAGUCUAUCUCUUGCCCUGGAAAGAGAUCAGUGAAGAACUGCUCUAGUCUCUCCUAUGAUCCUGGUUAUCAGUCUGUGCCCUGGUCUGGAGGCCUUUAGGUGUGGAUUACAAUAGUUUAAUGCAUCCUUUACCCACAUCCUUCCCUGCUACCCACGAUGAACCUCUAUGGCAAUCACAUAAGCCUCCUGGGCUUUCCAUGUAGCACUUCUCUGCUACAGAUGUAAAUUAAAGUGAUUCUAACUGUGACUGCGUCUGGAGAACCAUGUGGAUCAGGUUUCUUUUCCCGAACCCCUGGCUGUAGGGGUCUGCAGGUACGGUGCCAUGGUGGUGCAGACUGAGAUAAAACAUGUCCUGGGGCAAAGACAGCACUCAUUUUCUUGACCCUUCUCAACCCUUUUCUUUUUCCUCUCAUUUUUUUACUACCUGCCAUUUUUUUUUUUUACAUCUUUAUUGGAGUAUAAUUGCUUUACAAUGGUGUGUUAGUUUCUGCUUUAUAACAAAGUGAAUCAGUUACACAUAUACAUAUGUUCCCAUAUCCCUUCCCUCUUGCAUCUCCCUCCCUCCCACACUCCCUAUUCCACCCCUCUAGGUGGUCACAGAGCACCAAGCUGAUCUCCCUGUGCUAUGCGGCUGCUUCCCACUAGCUAUCUAUUUUACAUUUGGUAGUGUAUAUAUGUCCAUGCCACUCUCUCACUUUGUCACAGCUUACCCUUCCCGCUCCCCAUAUCCUCAAGUCCAUUCUCUAGGAGGUCUGUGUCUUUAUUCCUGUCUUACCCCUAAGUUCCUCAUGACAUUUUUUUUCUUAAAUUCCAUACAUAUGUGUUAGCAUACAGUAUUUGUCUUUCUCUUUCUGACUUACUUCACUCUGUAUGACAGACUCUAGGUCCAUCCACCUCAUUACAAAUAGCUCAAUUUCGUUUCUUUUUAUGGCUGAGUAAUAUUCCAUUGUAUAUAUGUGCCACAUUUUCUUUGUCCAUUCAUCCAACGAUGGACACUUAGGUUGUUUCCAUCUCCUGGCUAUUGUAAAUAGAGCUGCAACGAACAUUUCGGUACAUGACUCUUUUUGAAUUAUGGUUUUCUCAGGGUAUAUGCCCAGUAGUGGGAUUGCUGGGUCAUAUGGUAGUUCUAUUAGUAGUUUUUUAAGGAACCUCCAUACUGUUCUCCAUAGUGGCUGUACCAAUUCACAUUCCCACCAGCAGUGCAAGAGUUUUCCCUUUUCUCCACACCCUCUCCAGCAUUUAUUGUUUCUAGAUUUUUUUUUUUUUACAUCUUUAUUCUACCUGCCAUUUUGAUCUUCUUUUCCCUCCCUUUGUUUCUCCCUCACCCCGCCUCUUUCUCCUGGUCUCCUUUUCCUGUUCUCUUUGGGAUCUCCCUGUUCUUUCUCUGAAUCCUUUUAGAUAUUCAUUCAGCCAACACUGAUCUCUUAUGCCAUGCCAGGUAAGAAGAUGUUGGUCCUAUAAAGAGUUUGGCAUAGGGGGUUAGAGCGAGGGUGGGUCAAGAGAGUGAUGAGGAGAGAGAGAAACAGAGAACUAUUUUUAAAAGUUAUGUCCAGGGCUUCCCUGGUGGCGCAGUGGUUGAGAGUCCGCCUGCCGAUGCAGGGGACGAGGGUUCGUGCCCCGGUCUGGGAAGAUCCCACAUGCCGCGGAGCGGCUGGGCCCGUGAGCCAUGGCCGCUGAGCCUGCGCGUCAGGAGCCUGUGCUCUGCAACGGGAAAGGCCACGACAGUGAGAGGCCCGCGUACCGCAAAAAAAAAAAAAAAAAAAAAA